AUGUCGAACUUCAGCUCAGCAUACGACAAGCUCUUCAUUGCACGAAAGAAGCCAGAUCUCAUCCACGAGUACAUCAGAGUCCUUGUCACGGAGAAGCAGAGACUUGAGGGUCUUUUAGAGCAAACAAAUCAAGCUCUAGAAAAAGCGACGAGCGAGACGACGCUUCCACGAGUCACCGAUUGCGGUGAAAACGAGCCCGUCCUGGAAGACGUGAGCUCCGACGAGGAAAACUGCGACGAUAUUCACACCGACUCAUCGGAAGCCGGCUCCGAAAUCAACGACAGUGAUGCAUCUGAUCCUGAUUUCUUCACGAAUAACGAUUGCGCCAUGCCUUGCAUGCAUCAGUCUCACUACAUUUGGCUCGCCCGAAGAACCGAGCGGCUCCGAGCAUCUUGCCCCGAGGGCUCGUGCCCAUACGCCACCGAGUUCACCCCGUACCAGCACCCGCUCUACAGAACCUCGAACAACUCUUACGGCGCCUACCCGAUGCAGCGAGCUCUUGCUAACCGACAUCAUCACGGAAUUGUCCCGCUCUUCUCACUCCCAAUGCACCAGAUCAUGUCAAACUUGGACGGACACAUCUACGCAGGCCACGGAUUCAACACAUCCAUCGACAGGAGCAAAGUUUACGAUCAACCACGACUGUAA